AUGUCCUAUGACGACGACGAACCCACUAUAUCAUUUCUCCCACUCCCACUUUCGUUUGACUACAUCAAUCCAGCCGAUUGGCAAACAGUUUACCGGCAAAUUCAGGAAUGGCUCACCACAGAAGUUGACACAGAAUCGUCACUGUGGACGUGGGGACGUGAUGCUUUCUGGCUGGCGUUCAUCGCCGCCUAUCCGUCCUUUCCAAUGGGCAAGUGGCCAAUGUGGGAUCCUCGUAUUCCGCUGGAGGGAUCGUUCAUUGAACACUGGUUAGAAUGUUUGAAUGAUAGCAAUACUGAGGAGGUUCUGGUCCAGGAUGACGUAGUGAGUCAUAUUUGGAAUGAAUUUUGUAAACACGCGGCGCUCUUCUAUCCCCUUCCCCUCAUUUCCUCGGCUUGA